AGAACAUCAACCGUUCCCGAUAAUUUCCGGUAUGUUGACACGGACAGGUACCGUGAUCCGGAAGAACCGCCGACGUUCCAGCGGAAGGGGGACUUGUCGACGUGGAUCCGCUCCCACCGUACUUCAGGCAGGCUGUGUCCCUCCCUCGUCUCCCCGGAGACACCUCUCAAACACGAGGACGUACCUGACGCCGCAGCCCUCGCCGUCAAAGAGCGUCGCAUUCAGCUUCGAGAGCGAGAGAAAACUCUGCUACUCUCCUGAUAUUUUGUCUAGUCGCCGACAAUCUAGCAACAUUAACAGUCCUUGUGAUAAACCACAGUACUAUGGAAGCUUUGUCCUUUGGACUGACCCCGCGGAAGGAAACUCACUGUCUGUGUAUGUUGGACUUGUGGAAGCAUGUGAUGAGGCCGGAAGUCCUUGCGACUUUGUACAUAGAGCUUUUAUCAUUUUUGGACGAACUGUUCCUGCCACUGUUUUUCUCGGACUACUUUUAGCCUUGCCUGUUACUAUGAUUAUUAUAGGAGUGAAGUAUUUAGAGGAAUGUCCACGAGAACCCAAAAUUCCCAUAUAUUUAUUAGUGGGCGGAUGUUUUGGAGGAUUAAAACUCUUAAUGCUUCUGUGCAAGCAGGCCCGGAAGUUACGCGAUGAUGACGACGACACAAUACGCGAUGAUUCUGAACUGAUGACCUUGACUAAGGUGACACACGCGUGUCUAACCUUAUUUCUGUGUAUUUGGUUUGUUUUUGGAAACUUCUGGUUGUUUAGACUCGGAAUCCCAAAAUUUACAGCGCCUUUGCACGAACCAAAGAACUGGUGCGACAGGAUGGUGUUCAAUUUUACGCUUUGGCAGAUUGUCAUUUGUCAUAUUUUACUUGGUGUGAUGUUUAUUUUUUGCGUCACCUUCUGUCUUUGUUUCACGUUUGUUAGAUAUAAAAAAGAUAUUGAAAAGGGAUGAUAUAAAGUAAGAAAAUCGUAUAAAGUUUAAGUGAAUGUCGCAUUCCCAUAUCAUUAAGUGAAUUAUCUCAGGAGUCAAUAUUUACCAUUCGAAAAAGGAAAUUUCGACGGAAAAGUUCUGGUCCAAAACAAAUAAGUAUUGUUCCUGUAAUGCCAGAAAAAGUGUUUGAAAAUUUUUCCGUUUUCAGAAAAUGGUGAAAGAAUAUAAAUAAAAAGUUAAUAUUUAGACA